AUGCCACCCCUCGCAGGAUUCUCAGACAACCCAUUGCGCUCCCGCACCGAUCUCAUCCGCGCAGCUAUCGCUCUCGUCCAGCCUCUGCACACACACUUCUCUCCCAGGAACGCCUUCAUCCGGCUCCCCGUCGCGACAGGUACACAUUUCGACGAAAGAGCAGCGCAGUUAGAAGGCUAUGCGCGGCCGUUAUGGGUGGUCUCUACCUUGCUACAUGCAGUGCGUGCUGAGCCCAAUCAUCCAGACGCUGAGGCUAUCCGCACCGUAUGUCGGCCAUGGAUUCAGGGUAUCCAGACCGGGACAGAUCCCGAGCACCCCGAGUACUGGGGCGAGAUCGGCGACGGCGACCAGCGGAUGGUCGAAGCAGAGGUCAUCGCUGUAGCGGUCCUAUUUGCGCCAGAGGACUUUUACCAUUCACAGCCUGCCCGUGUCCGUGAGAAUAUCAUGGCCUGGCUGCGUGGGAUCAAUGGAAAAGAGAUGCCGGUCAAUAACUGGCGGUGGUUUCGUGUUUUCGCGAACCUGGCCUUGAUCAUUGUGAGGGGAGUUCCGUACGCCGAAUUGAAGGACGCUAUUGACAGCGACUUUGCUGUCCUUGACUCAUUCUACCUAGGCGAUGGCUGGUCCGGCGACGGGCCGUGGUUGACCAGUGAACAGGAGACCGAACUGGAGCAGGAAUACAGGAGGACGCGACGGCGUGAUAAAAUCGGACCAGGCCGCCAGGUGGACUAUUAUUCAGGCAGCUUCGCAAUUCAAUUCAGCCAGCUGCUGUAUGCCAAGUUCGCGGCAGGGAUCGACCCGGCUCGCGCGGAAGGAUACCGGCAGCAGGCGAGGGAGUUUGGGCGGGAUUUCUGGAGGUAUUUUGAUAGGGAUGGCGCGGCCAUCCCGUUCGGCAGGUCUCUCACAUAUCGCUUUGCGUGUGCAGGCUUUUUCGCGGCCCUGGCUAUCGCCCAAGUACCAGAUAUGCCGGCGCCGCUGGAUUCUCCGGGCGCAGUCAAGGGUUUUCUGCUACGACAUCUGAGAUGGUGGGCAGCGCAUUCGGACAACAUUUUCUAUCCAGAGGGCACGAUGAAUAUAGGCUACCUUUAUCCGAACAUGUACAUGGCCGAAGAUUACAACUCGCCCCAAUCCGUCUACUGGUCGCUUAAGUCGUUGAUUCCGCUGGCCCUGGCCGACGGUCACUCCUUCUGGACGUCGCCUGAAUCAGCCUACCCGGUCUCAGAUGACUCGGUGAAGUUGAUACCGCAACCAACCCAAAUCCUCUGCGACCACGUCCACGGCGCGCACCACUUCCUCCUCAACGCGGGCCAGUUCGUGGCCUGGCCAAUGAAGGCCUCACAGGCCAAGUACUGCAAAUUCGCUUACUCCAGCUCAUUCGGCUUCAGUGUUCCGACAGGCUCGCUGAUCCAGCAGAUCGUACCGGACAAUGCCCUCUUCCUCAGUCGCGACGGGAUCGAGACCUGGGCCGGGAAGUGGAAGACUUCAGAGGCGAGGUCUGGAACUGCGAUUGUAGAUGAGGAGACUGUGCCUGUUGCGCACGUCGAGUGGCGACCUUGGGGCGACGGGCAGGUUGUCGUCACGACGUGCCUGAUCCCGCCAACGGCGAGGUGGCCCAAUUGGCAUACCCGCGUCCACCGGAUCCAAGUGAAGGGGAAGACGUCCUUGGAGAGUCUGCACCUGGUUGAGGGCGGCUUUGCUAUUGGGCGAGUCCCGGCUGAGAAGAAGAAAGUUUUGCCGGUGUUCACGGAUGGUGAUAUCGAGAGCGCGAGUAUCGGGAGUGAGGGUGUCUACGUAACCCAAUCAAGUGCUCUCGUGAUCUCGCAGGCUGGUGCAAGCGGAAUUGUCUCGGAAGCAGUGCGUCAACGAUCUGGCGAGUCCAGCUGGAGCUCUUCUGGGCCCGUCGCGUCUGUAGAUCAUGAGGCCAUGAAGCCCGAUUCCAACACGAAUCUACUUUCCCAGCGCACCUUGGUUCCGGUCGCAAAGCUUGAGCUACUUGAUGUUGAGCCUGGAGAAGAGAUCGAGCUCGUAACGAGGGUAUUUGCUAUUGCUGCGGAGUCGUUCAGGGCUCAGCAGGCUGACAGCGCAGCCGAUAGGAAGGGUGGAGGGAGCGUCCAGCGGCGUAUGCGAGAGAGCUGGCUGGAUGUGCCUAAAGUCCAGCUCAGAGAGGUCUCAGGAGAGCGCAGCAGAGAUGCGAUCGCGCUAGAUGUUUAA